AUGGAUAAUCGUAGUGAACGCAAUGAUAAUGAUCAUAUUGAGUUCUUGCUUAUGGAUCAGAUGGACGCUAUGUGGGGCGGAGUUGACACUAGUGGCAGCGUCCUUCGCGACGACCUACCAGAGGAAGUUCGUAGAUAUAAACUAACUCGGGAGGAG